AUACUCUUUUCACAAUUAACAGAUUCUUACACUUAGCAGUGGCUUGCUUAGAAACUCUUGUUUGUUUUUAUGACAGUUGAAGGUAGCCGUGGAAAUGAAGGUCUUCUAUUGGGGAAACCUACAGAAGAGCCGGAUCAACCAAUUACCGAGAAUUCUCUCCUGGAAAUCUUGGAUGGAAUAGUCAUGAUGUACAACCUCAGCGUGCAUCAGCAGCUUGGUAAGAUGGUAGGUGUUUCUGAUGAUGUGAAUGAGUAUGCUAUGGCAUUGAAAGAUACGGAAGAAAAGAUCAGCCGAUGCCCAGAAAGGAGAAGAGAUAUCUGUGAAGAAUUAGUGAAGAGUCAAAAAGUUUUUUCUGAGAAGCUGAAUCACUUGAGUCGCCGACUUGCUUGGAUCAAUGUUACUAUUUAUUCAAAGGAGAAGAUGCAAGAUAUAUACUGGUUGUUACGGGUGUGCAUUCGUACAAUUGAACAUGGGGACAGAAUUGGCUCACUCUUUGCAUUCAUGCCUGAGUUUUAUCUGAGUGUAGCAAUGAAUAGCUACAGUGCUCUCAAGAACUACUUCAGUCCUGUUAACAGCAUGGAAGAACUUCCAGGCUAUGAAGAUACAUUGACACACCUUGCUGCCAUUUUAGCCAAACAUUUUGCUGACCCAAGGAUUGUAGGCACAGACAUUAGAGACUCUCUAAUGCAAGCAUUAGCCAGCUACGUUUGCUAUCCCCACUCACUUCGGGCUGUGGAGAGAAUUCCAGAAGAUCAACGAAUAUCCAUGAUGAGGAAUCUACUGGCCCCGUAUGAGCAAAGACCUUGGGCACAGACUAACUGGAUUCUUGUACGACUGUGGCGUGGCUGUGGAUUUGGAUACAGGUACACGCGGCUUCCUCAUUUGCUGAAAACCAAACCGGAAGAUGCCAAUCUACCAAGCUUGCAGAAGCCAUGCCCAUCAACCUUGCUGCAACGACACAUGGCAGAUCUGUUGCGCAGUGACCAAGAAAUGGCACCUAGUUUCCUCAAUAGUGUCCUUAACCAAUUAAACUGGGCCUUCUCAGAGUUUAUUGGCAUGAUUCAAGAGAUCCAACAAGCUGCAGAACGCCUAGAAAGAAACUUCGUAGAUAGUCGCCAAUUGAAGGUGUGUGCAACUUGCUUUGAUUUGUCAGUGAGCCUUCUCAGGGUCUUGGAAAUGACUGUCACUCUAGCUCCAGAGAUCUUUUUGGAUUGGAAUCGCCCUUCUUCAGAAUUAUUACUCAGGAGACUUGCACAGCUGUUAAAUCAGGUGCUAAAUCGUGUAACAGCUGAGCGGAACUUAUUUGACAGAGUGGUGAAUCUUCGGCUGCCAGGACUGGAAAGUGUAGACCACUAUCCAAUCCUUGUUGCUGUGACAGGAAUUUUAGUCAGGCUGCUUGUUGAUACUGAUUUCCAAGGCACAUUGUAUGUAGGUGGAAAAAUGAUGAGAAAUUAUGAUAAUGAUGGUGCUGGUGGUGGUAAGGAAAAGCAUUAUAUAGUGAUACUUACUGUGAAGCUUAGUAGUACAAUGAGAAUAAUGGAGUAUCAGAAGAUUAUUGCAGGGGCUACAUGA